CCUGUCGGGAUGCGGAGCGGAAGCGCUCCGCGGAGGCUCUCCCGUCCGCCAUCCAGCGUCGCCGGGGAGGCUCUUGGCGGGGCCGCAGCUCUCCUCCCGCGGCUGUGCUCCUUCCGCCUCCGCCUGGAGACUGUCCCGUGCUUGGAUCGGGCCAGCCAGGGCCUUAAGGGGACCUUCCUCCGCCCCCAGGAUGCUCUCCCCGCGGGACCGAGGCGGGGAAGUGGCCCGCUUCUACACGGUCACGGAGCCCAAGCGCCACCCGCGAGGCUAUACCCUCUAUAAGGUCACCGCCCGGAUUGUUUCACGGAAAAACCCAGAAGAUGUCCAGGAGAUAGUCGUUUGGAAGAGAUACAGUGACUUUAAGAAAUUGCACAAAGAACUCUGGCAGAUUCAUAAACACUUAUUCAGGCACACAGAAUUGUUUCCGCCUUUUGCUAAAGCAAUAGUAUUUGGGCGAUUUGAAGAGAGCGUGAUUGAAGAGAGAAGACAGUGCGCAGAAGAUUUGCUUCAGUUUUCUGCCAACAUCCCAGCACUCUAUAACAGCAAACAGCUUGAAGAUUUCUUUAAGGAUGGAGAGGUACAUGAUGGAUCUGAGCUGAUUGGCCCGGCAGAACCUCUUUUGGAUUCCUUGACUGACAGCUUAUCUAUCUGCAGUUCUGAAGCACGGAAAGAUGUUGGCGUCCUUGAUGAUGUGACACUUAGCCAAUCAGAAUAUGGAGGUUUCUCCAGUGACAGUGACUUGAUAUCUUUGACUGUGGAUGUGGACUCUCUUGCUGAGCUAGAUGAUGGAAUGGCAUCUAACCAGAAUUCUCCAAGUCGAUCUCUCGGCCUCGGCUUUACCGCUGAUCCUCCAGCACAGGCUUCUGCCAUUUCGGAUCAUGAAUGGAGCAAACCUGAUGGCGAGAGGGAAAGCCGUGGUCUGUUUACUGGGAGUUUAAAGGCCAGGCUUGGCAGGCGAGACUACUUGGAUAAAGCAGGGGAGCUGAUAAAGUUGGCCUUGAAGAAGGAGGAGGAGGAAGAUUAUGAGGCAGCUUAUGGUUUUUAUAGGAAAGGAGUGGAUCUGCUCCUAGAAGGGGUUCAAGGAGAAUCAAGUCCAACUCGCCGUGAAGCAGUGAAAAAGAAAACUUCAGAAUACUUGAUGAGAGCAGAAAAAAUUUCCAGCCUGUAUUGUAGACCCUCAUCAGAAGAUGGUUCGACAUCUGGGCCUCCAGGAUCACUAAGUUCAAGGCCUUCUUGGAACCUAAGGAGCCCUGCCGAGGAACUGAAGGCCUUUAGAGUCCUUGGGGUGAUUGACAAGGUUUUACUUGUAAUGGACACCAGAACUCAGGAGACGUUUAUACUUAAGGGUCUAAGGAAAAGUAGCGAGUACAGCAGGAAGAGAAAGACCAUCAUCCCCCGCUGCGUGCCCAACAUGGUGGCUCUGCACAAGUACAUCAUCUCGGAGGAAUCGGUGUUCCUUGUGCUGCACCACGCCAAAGGAGGCAAACUUUGGUCUUAUAUCAGUAAGUUUUUGAACAUGAGCCCUGAAGAAAGCUUUGAAGCCCCUCCGUCUAGAAGAUCCAGCUCUACAAAAAUACAUUUGCACCAAGCCACCCCUAGUCCUGAAGAUGUAAGAGUUAGUAUGGAUUCUAGAGGAAGCAUUGAUGAGAGCAUGCUGAAGGUUUUACCAUUGAAGACCAGUCUCACUCCAAGUUCUCAUGACGGUAGUAGUAACCAGGAAGAUGGCCAAGAAAGUUCUCCCAGGUGGAUUGAUUCUGGGUCCAGUUCAGAGGAAGAAUGCACUACAAGUUAUUUAACAUUAUGCAAUGAAUAUGGUCAAGAAAAGGUUGAUCCUGGCUCCUUAAAUGAGGAGUCCGUUAUGAAAGCAGGUGACGGCAUUCCCAAAGAGCCAGAAGGCAUCCAGUCACAUGGUGUUGUUGCUAGUGGGAGUUUGGGAUCAGCAUUCACAUCUCAGGAAGUAAACAUUUUUGCUGAUGAUGCUGAUCCAGAAAGAGCUAGUCCUACUAGGAUAUCAGAAUCGCUCAGUAAAUCUAAGAACAGCCCUAUGGAAUUAUUCAGAAUUGACAGCAAAGACAGUACCACUGAACUUCUGGGGCUUGAUUUUGGAGAUAAGCUUUACAGUUUUAAAUCAGAAUCGUUGAAACAGUAUUUGUUCAUGCCAGAUCGAGAUAAGGGCCUUGAUGCUAUAGAAAACAAAUUGGGCCCUGCAUGUCAGGAUACGAUCAGCAGGGGUUCAAAUGAUUCUGUGCCAGUGAUCUCUUUUAAGGAUGUAGCCUUUGAUGAUGUCAGUAGUGUGGAUGAAGGAAGACCUGAUCUUCUGGUGAAUCUACCAGGCAUGACGGAACCAAUGAAAGAAGCUACAGUGGAUGGUCCUGCCAAACAGAUGGAGCAGAAUGGAGAUGUUUUGGACAGCAAACUUUUGGAAACCCCAGAUGUCUUGCAACUGAACAAAAGUGCAGAGCCAAGUACAGUGCCUGAGCAAAAAGUAGACCAUUUGACUGGAGAAGAAGCAAGAGCGAAGCCUAGUGAUAACCAGAAAGCAACCAGGACAUUCCACAUGGCUGCUAGUGAUCCAACUGGUAGUGGUGACAGGACUCUUUUUCCAGGGCCUGGAACAGGAGCAUCUUCAUCAUUAGAUGCAUUCAACAGGGAAGGGAACUGGUUGAUGCAAGCAGGAGCUAAAGAUUGUAAGGCAGAUAUAGACAAUGAAGCUGUGCUUCUGUUUUCUGAUCAUAUGAAUGACUCAAGGAAAGAGGGAACGGUUUCCUCUUUGUUGCAAAAAGCAGAAAACAACCAGUCAGAUGUGGGGGUCAGAGGAGAGAGUGAAAUACACCAAAUUUUUCAGGACCUCGAUGAGAGAUUAGCACUAACCUCCAGGUUUUACCUCCCAGAGGACUGCGUUCAAAGAUGGGCAGCUGAAAUGGUUGUAGCCCUUGAUGCCUUGCAUCGAGAAGGAAUUGUGUGCCGUGAUUUGAACCCAAACAACAUCUUAUUGAAUGAUCGAGGACACAUUCAGCUAACGUAUUUUAGCAGGUGGAGUGAGGUUGAAGAUUCCUGUGACAACGAUGCCAUAGAGAGAAUGUACUGUGCCCCAGAAGUUGGUGUUGUCUUUGAAGAAACGGAAGCUUGUGACUGGUGGAGUCUGGGUGCCCUUCUCUUUGAACUUAUUACUGGGAGGACCUUGGUAGAGUGCCAUCCAGCAGGAAUAAAUACCCAUACCUGUUUGAAUUUGCCAGAUCACAUCUCGGAAGAGGCCAGAUCACUUCUUCAGCAGCUUUUGCAGUUCAAUUCUGGAGAGCGUCUUGGUGCUGGAAUUGCUGGAGUUGACGACAUCAAAUCUCAUCCAUUUUUUGCCCUUAUCGACUGGGCGGAGUUAACAAAGUGAAACGUCUCAUGGGACUUCUGUCUGUGCUUCUGGCUUUGGACAAAGAACCCUUUUUUGGCUUGCUGCCACUGUAAAAGCCUUUAGAUGUCUUAGGCGAGGCUGAAUAAAAUUGAAAAUUGGGACGAUUGCACCAGAAAAGAGAGGACUGUUUCAACCAGAAUGAAUGACUUGGCAAAAGUCAGGUGGGAUCUGCACUACUGAGCACUGAAAUCAGCCUUCUUGGAGGCUGGAAAGAAAUGGGAGAAAGAUUACAAGUCUAGAACAUUGCUUCCCGUCUGUCCUUCUGCAACAUUGCAUCCCAUUUUCUGCAGUGUUUUGGAAACAAGUAGUGUCGUGUUGCCAUAGAUUUUUUUAUCCCAUUAGCACUACUGUCAGCCACUUGGGGUUGAGAUGGGGAAGGCAUGACAAGCAGGAGAUCAACACAAGAGUAAAGUCUGGCCAGCAAAACUGAACUUGUGAUCACAUUUAGUUCCUUUAUGGGAAACUGUGUGAAACACACACAAGCUCUUUAGGUUUACUUAUUUUUAAAGUGACGAUAGUGUGGAACUCCAGUUGUCCAUGCCAGUACCUGUUGUAUAUACCAGUUAAAAGUAGUCCUUUUUUAUAGCCUCAAUAGCCUUCUUCCCUAAGCUAGGUAAAGCUGAGAUGGGUAGGAAGUUGUGGAAUGGGCAAAGAAUAACGUAUUAAUAACACAUGCUAAAUAAAAUAACUUGGUGCUUCUGCAAUACUUGACAUAUAAUAUAUAUAUAUACAUGUAUAUUUCCAUGUGGGGAUGAAAUGAAAAUUGUCUCAUAGUAUCAUGCAAUGUAACAUCAUAGUGGGUGCAUAUCGUCUGCCAAAAGGUUGAAGAGAAUAAUCCUGCUAUUGUUAUCUUGGGCUUUAUUGUUUGUUUUAAAGCACUAACUCUUUAACCUCAAGUGAAUAUUGUGUUUGAAGUCACUACAAGGCAGGAAGUCUUUUCUCUCAGCCGGAUAAUGAUUGCUUUAAGUCAUGUAACUUGGACCAAGGAACUAGAAUGCAGAAUAAACACAUGUAGAUACGAUUCUUUAAAACAAGAACUACAUUGAGCUUUUGGUUUACCAGACAUGGUUGAGCUGAAACUCUCAUUGGUCAUAAACAGAGUUACUGGACUAACAGCACCUGGAAGACCACAUAUUCCCCGUUUGUGGAUUAAGACAUUUUAGGUUUGAUCUGUACAAGCAGAUAAAUCAGCUGGUACAGAGUUUUUGAGUCUGUAGAAUCUCAGGUGGUGACUUUGAACAGAUCUAGAAGAGCCGUGGUGGUGCAAUGGGUUAAACCCUUGUACCGGCUGGACUGCUGACCUGAAGGUUGGGUUGCUGACCUGAAGGUUGCUGGUUCGAAUCUGUGAGAUUGAGUGAGCUCCCGUUUGUCAGCUCUAGAAGCCUCCCAGCAGGAUGGUAUCACAUCCGAGCGUCCCUUGGCCAAUUUUCUCACACCAGAAGCGACUUGUUCUCAAGUAGCUUCUGACACAAAUAAAUAAAUAAAUAAAUAAAAAACCUUGAGCAUUUGGAUGGAUGAAAUACUCUUUGGCCAUAAAAAAAGCCCUGCCAUAUAUCAGCCAUGGGAAGGCAGUGUGGUUUAAUGGUUUGAAUACUGGACUAGGGCUCUGGAAGACCAUGGUUUAUAUCCCUUAGCCAUAGAAAUGCAUAGGUCUUGGGCUGUUCAUACUCUUUGAACCUUUGUGGAAGGCAACGCAAACCUCUGAAUAAGUCUUGCCAAGAAAACUCUGUCAUUGAGUUUCCAUAAGUUGGAGUCGACCUGAAGUAACAGUAACAGUCAAGCCAGGAGAAUAUUGAUCAACCGUCUUUCCCGCCAUCUUUCCUUUCUAGUGGACAAGCAGUUAUCAUGGUUUUUUUCUUUUGUCUUACUUUGUGGUUAUGUGCGGAAAGUUCCUCUUAAAUUCUGUAGGUACGAGAACUCAGUAGUUCCUGAUUUUAUUUGCAUGUGGGGAUGGGCACUUGUUUUUGAAAAUGUCAUUUUGUCUGUUCCCAAAUUCUAUGUCAUUCAGUUUCUUUGUUGAAACAGUAACUUUUUAUGUUGUUUUAGUAUUGUGUAUCCCUCCUAAGGAGGAGACAGCCUCCAAAUAAACCUGCUUAAUUGAAA